GGAGCAGUAUCGAAGGUACACGGGGGCCCCGACGCACCACGACCGGGGCAGGUAGUUUUUCCUUCGCGCAGCGAGACGGGAAAGUCGUCCGGGGACGCCAUCGGGCCGCGCCGAUAGAGGCCAGACGCCGGGCGGAGCGAUCAGGUGACGCGAGCGCGCGAUCAUGUCGCGUUGGUUCGCGCGACGACGACGGGCCGCCGCGUAAUCAAUCGCGCGAUCAGUCGCUACGCCCGCGGCACGUUUCCCCGCGACAGGAGCGUCGUCCGAACAUGCGGGCGGCGCGGGACGACGGGCACCGAGCGACAACCGAGGAGGCUCCUUCGAGGAACUGUCAGGGGGAUCGUCGCCACCGCCAUCGCCGCCGACGCCGUUACGCGUGAGUCAGUGCGAGACCGGACGGAGGCGACGCGCACGCAAAAUGGCUUCGGGCGACAAUGUGGACGUGAUCGAGGUGGUCGAGACGACGAGCUUCCCCGGGUCGGCGUCGCAGCCCACGGUGGAUCAUCUCAGGCCGGAUCAGUCCACCGCCGAGGAAGAUUAUAAAUCGAUUGGGGAAAAAACUACCGCAUUUGAUAGUUUAGUGGUACAACAUGGUAUCACUGGCGGCAAGACCCCCGUGGGGGUAUCGAGAAACAAAUCGGAACGAGAGAGAAAGAUUGGACAUCGAAGAGUUGGAGUGGGUGGUGAAAUCACAUAUAAAAAGAUUCAAACGACGCAAAUUAUGGGAUCUAUUCAGUUGGGCAUACAGCAUGCUGUUGGUGGCCUUGCAAGUAAACCAGAACGCGAUUUAUUAAUGCAGGACUUUAUGACGGUGGAGACAACGAAUUUCCCUAGUGAAGGAUCAAAUCAUACUCCGGCCCAUCAUUUCUCGGAAUUUAAAUUUAAAAAUUAUGCACCCAUUGCAUUUCGUUAUUUUAGAGAUCUCUUUGGCAUACAACCGGAUGAUUUUUUGAUGUCAAUGUGUAGCGCUCCAUUGCGCGAAUUAUCAAAUCCUGGCGCUAGUGGGAGUAUCUUUUAUCUAACGGAUGAUGAUGAAUUUAUCAUAAAGACUGUGCAGCAUAAAGAAGGGGAAUUUUUACAAACUCUACUUCCAGGAUAUUAUAUGAAUCUAAAUCAGAAUCCGAGAACACUUUUGCCAAAGUUUUUUGGAUUGUAUUGCUAUCGAUGUAAUAGUAAGAAUGUUAGAUUAGUGGCUAUGAAUAAUCUUUUACCUUCAUUUGUAAAAUUGCAUCAGAAAUAUGAUUUGAAAGGAUCUACGUACAAGAGAAAGGCAUCAAAAACAGAACGUUCAAAGUCUUCACCGACGUAUAAAGAUCUAGAUUUUAUGGAGCACCAUCCAGAAGGUAUCUUUUUAGAAGCCGAUACAUAUAGCGCGUUAGUAAAAACUAUUCAACGGGAUUGUCGUGUGUUGGAAAGUUUCAAAAUUAUGGAUUAUUCUUUACUUGUUGGAAUCCAUAAUCUUGAUCAAGCUGCAAAGGAAAAAGCUCAAGAGCAAAGAUUGUCGGCAAGCGCCGAUGAAGAAGUUGGGGAAAUGGGUGAAACAGAUGGAUUUAUUCAAAGUGAGAGGGAAAAAGAUAGAGAGGAUAGAAUAGGCGCUGCCGCUUUAAAUCGAUCGCGUAGUAUAAAUCGUCAGAGAUUAGUUGCUCAUAGUACGGCAAUGGAAAGUAUUCAAGCUGAGAGCGAACCGAUAGAUGAAGAGGAUGAUGUACCCUCAGGCGGCAUUCCUGCCAGAAACGCGCGUGGUGAACGUCUUUUAUUAUUCCUUGGUGUUAUCGAUAUUUUGCAAAGCUACAGAUUGAAAAAGAAAUUAGAACAUACGUGGAAAUCGAUGAUACAUGAUGGGGAUACUGUGUCGGUUCAUCGACCAGGAUUUUACGCGCAACGCUUUCAGGAUUUCAUGGCCAAGACAGUAUUUAAGAAAAUACCAUCACUGGACCUGCCUGAGAUUAAGGGGAAUCACCGCAAAUUCCGUAACCUCGUCACCAGCUAUAUAGCCUUGAAGCAUUCCCCGUCGAAGAGGAAAAGCAUAAGCAGACCACUGAGGCCGCUGGAGGGUGAUUUCGAUUCGACCGCGGUGGCGGCAACUGGAGGUUCGGCAAUGCAUGCUACGUCACCUACGAAAGCCGCAGUUAGCCUGCCCGACUCUACGAUCAGCGCGACGAACGCGGCGGUCACAAGCGGCUCGGUACCGAUCGCCACCUCGACCCCGGUUAAUCCCGCCGCCGGGCCGUUGAGCCCGCCACCGUUGACCUUAGCCGCCGGUCAGGGCCCGCAUCCGCACGAGCAUCCGCCCGGGGCCGCCCCCACGGUCAAGGUCACGAGUUACCCGGCCGUGCUGAAGGGUAGGAGCGCGGCGAGUCCGCCGAAUCCGAACCUGGUGCCGUCCGGCAAGGUCCCGCCGCCGGUGCCGCCGCGGGGCACGGGCCCCUCGAGGACCGGCAGGUCCUCCGAGGAGCACCGGACGGCCGGUGCCACCGCCUCGACGACGUCAUCGGUGACUUCCAGCCGAGGUGGCACCCUUCCUUCCACCUGCUCCACCCCACCCCCGCCCUUUGACGACGCGGUCCGCUCGAACGACCAAACUCUGGCUUCCGGUGGUCAUCUUCAACAAGGCGGCGCGACUAUUCUCGCGAGCAGCCUGAGUUCCGCUCAUACCAAACAAAAUAAGGUUGUUCAUCAUGUUACGCUCACCAAGACGUAUCACGACACUGUAAGGAAAAGGAAAAUCAUAUCGGACGUGCAUUUGGAGAGCAGCGGUAGCGGUAGUGGCAGUGGCGGCAGGGAAACCAAGUCAUCGUUGAGCGUCGAGAGCGGAGGCAGCAGCCGCGGGGGUGGCUGUCUCACGUGGACGCCACCGGCCGGAAGCGCCGAGGGCUCGACGCCCACGUGGACUGAGGGGACGCCAUCCUUCACCGAGAGCUCCAGCAGCGGCGACAUAGGUUGCCCGACGACGCCGAUCAAAGGUAAUCAGCGUCAGGAUGACGGCGGAAGGAUCGCUGCCACCGUAGAAGAAGCACUAGCAAGUCUCACGACCGAAAUGACUCAUCUAUAAACAAGUGAACGGAGGUAGUUGUAGAAAAAGUGAAAAGAGAGCGAGAAAAAUGAUUGCGGGACACAAAUAUGACUGUGGCCUGACGGGCAGUUGGUGCAUUUGUAGAAAUCUCUGGAAUUAAUGUAUGAAAAAAAAUACUAGUAUUAAGUUUGAUGUAAGUUUAAACGCAUAUAGCAAUUAAGCAAAGUGUGCUCGGAAUUAACAGAGUGCUAUCGAUAUAUCAUUUUUAUAUCGAGAGAAAAAUUAAUUCCACUUUAUGUUCCAUUUAGAAUUUUUGCAAAGUGACUAAAAGUAGAUACUUGUAACAGAAUUAAAAUUAAGAAAUCAUGUUUAAAUUUCGAUAAUUAUGAAUUAUAGCAAUAAUAUCUGAAGAAAAAAAAACGAGCGCACUACGUUUAAGUUAUUUAUUUUUCUCUUUUGCUACCUUAUUCGUACUGCCUCGUAUAUUAAUUAAGAUAUUUUCUCGUGGCUUUCAAAUAUACACAACGGGCACGCAGGGCAUUUCCGUAAAUUUAUUUGCGAAAAUUGCAUAUUUUCAUAUCUGGUACUAUUUUUAUAUAGAUCUUUUAAAGAUCUUUCAUUCUUUUUUUAUUCUUACGGUCUCGAAAUAAUGCAAUAAUUAUAAAAUCGUGAGUAUAAACGAGUCGAGUGAGCGGUGUUUUAUUUAUAGAUUAUCUUAUUAAAAUACAUAUGUGUCUUGAUUGCGGAAGAUAAUUUGUCAUUCGAUAGCGUUUAGAUGUAUUUAAUACAUGGUGGAUGUCUUCCGGGAAAUACAUCCGCGAAACAUGAAUGAGCAGAGAUCGUAAGUGCUGAGAUACAAAUUGCAGUGGGAGGUGUUAGCGGUAACUAGCAAUUACCUCAAUUGAUCUUGGCAUAGAUAUUUUAAUACGAGACUUGCCUCAAUUGCUACGAGUUAAUUGUCAUAAUAGGCGCAAGUUUCUGUUAUUUGUUCGUAUCUCUGCCAUUAAAAUUGCUCCGAUAAUUGCGUUAUCAUUCCAUAUGCAUAAAUACGCUGUCUCGAAAAUCUUGCAUAAUUCUUGCAUAAUUCCUGCAUAUUCUUGUGUAAAUCUGAGCAUUCUCGAUCUUAUCUAAAUCACUCAAUUUAGCAAACUGUCGCAUGUAAUAGGAAAAUGUUAAUAAGAAUUUUGUGUACAUAUAAUUUUGUGUAAAAAAAAAAUUAAUUUGAGAAACAUUCCUUUUACGAUCUCAUAAUCUUUUAAGGUUUCCAAUUUUCAAUUUGAGUUUUGUUCUUUGUAUCAUUAUAAGUGAAUUAUUCUAAUUAUUAUUUCGUGUUUCUCGUUCACGUGGUAUUAAAACUAAUUGUAACUAAAAUUAUCUUUCGAAAAAUAAAAAGCAAACGCGCGAAUAUGACACGAUGUCUCGCAAUAGCGUGGUAGAGGAUGCUCAUAGUCCAUAAAUAAUUUGGGAAUAAUUUUAAAAUAGAUUUAAAUUGUAGAAAAAAUUGAAUAAGAUAUAAGUAUAAUUAUGCAAUAAUCAAGGAAGAUAAAUGAGAUACGGUUAUUGAUCUUUCAUAACAGAAUGUAAAUUUCUUUGAAUCUCUCCUUUUACUUUGACAUAAAAUAGUAUAAUAUUAUAUUAAAUCAAAGUAAUUAAUAUCACACAAAUUAAAGAUAAAAUAAUUAAAUUGCAAACGAGUAAAAGAAUCGGCACAUGACGAAGAACAUAUAUUAUUUUAAA